GCUAAUUUGCUAACUUUAGCGAGCAUGCCUUACAAACUGUUCCCGCGUUGGCUAGCUAAAUGAUGUGUGUGCAACUUCGCUAGCUAGCUAUAUUAGACUUGCCAAAUUAGUGAACAUUACAUUAGCUAACUUGAAUGCGGCGCUUUAACGACCAGGAAGCAUGCUUCGGAUAAGCACCUCGCCUCCAAACGAGAUUGACGGUCAGUGUCAAAGCAGGACAAGAGCAGACCUGGUACACGAUCUCCCGGCAUUUCUAAACGUUCUACAGGUAAAACAGCACCAAGAUGAAAAUAUGACACAAUCCAAAUGGAUUCGUCUACGCGCAGAUGAAGCCUGCUUGUGGGAAGACGAAGGGGGAUUGCUCGUUACACCUCUAUCCUGUUCACAGCAAUCAGAUGGUAAAGGUCUGAUACGGAGAACAGUUUAUGACAGCACAGACCAGCUCAGGUUCUUGGCAGAUGAGGACGAUGAAGGCGAUGCCUUCAAAUAUGAAGAGACCAGAGUACAUGAGCAGGAUGAUGCAGCAAAGGAAGAGCUCAGUUUAGUCUCCUCUGAACUAAGCACGGAGGGAAAGAGUGAUGUGGUCACCGAAUUGGUGCAUACAAAAAACUGCCUGAAGAAGAUGAAUGCUGAUCUACAGGAAAGGCUGGAUGUGGCAGAGGAUUCCAAUUCCGUCCUACACUCCGAGAAUAGCAUGCUGAGGAACCAAGUCAAAGGGAUGAAACAGGCUGUGGAUGAUGCAAAGCAGCUGAUGGAUGAAGUGGAGGAACUGCGUGGCUCCCUGGUAGAGCAGGCCAUGGCCAAAGGCAAGUUGGAGACCAGCAUAAAACAGAUGGAAAAAGAAAAUGAAAUACUGAAAUGCCAGCUCGAAACUCUCAUCAAUGAGAUGUGUAAUACCUCUGAGAAGCAAAUGGACAGGGAGAAGAUUAUUCGCCUUAGUAGCCUCCUGCAAGACUUAGAGAAAGACAUGGAAGAAACAAGAUUAACUCUUGACCACAAAGCAGAAGUUAUUCAGACGAAAGAUUUCCAGAUUGAACAGUUGGAAAGCUCCCAGGCAGAAUACUCUUUAAUUGUCCAAGAUCUGAAAGAGAAGCUGAAGGACCUGGAGGACCAGUUGGCCGAAGCUUUAAUUGCAGGAGAAGGAAGUUUCCAGGACCUGGAUGGCACUUUCUCCCCCACCACUCGUAGUAGCAGCGUCUCCCUGUGCGAUGAGCUGAGGCUGCUGCAGCAUGUCAAUGUGCAGGAACUAUCUAAGGAAGAGACAGAGGUUGUGGAAAUUGCCAGUGAUUCCAGCAUUCCAAAUCUAGGAUGGUGGGAGAGAAAGUGGAGCAGGCUGAGGAGAGGGGCUCAUGCAGCAGGAGUCCUGAGCUUCCGUGUGCUGGUGCCCCUGUGUGUGGCCACUGCCAUUGCACCCAUUUAUUAUGACAACCCAGGCCUGAGCUGCGUGGACAUGAUCGUCAACGUUGCUCACCGCUUGAUCCAGCCAUACUGCUCUGUCCAUCACAUUGGUCUCCCACCCAUCUGAAGACCACACACGCAAAAAUGCAAGCUCAAACUAUUGUAUACAAAAGACUUAAGGUACAUACUGUAUACAACAUAUAGUUAAAAAGCUUACACUCUCAUUUUGCACAUUGAAUACAUAUGUCAAUUUCUGUUUCAUGUUGACAGGUAACCGUUUACUUUAUAACCAGACAGUUAUGAAAGUCAAUAUCUAGCUGAGCCUGUGGUUAUUUUGUUCUACAAUUAUUUUCUAUAUGGUGUUGUAUUUGCAUUUUAUUUGUAAAAAUAUUUCAAUGUUUAAACCUAAUUCAAUCUGUGUUUUCUUUGUUAGGUAUUUAUUGGACUUUACAAUUUAUUUUUAGCCCAUCCACUUCAAGGUUUGACAUAAUGUGUGUUCAGAGAUGCUCUUCUGCAUACCACUGUUGUAACUUCUGGUUAUUUGAAUUAUUAUUAUUUGAACGACGCCUUUGUGUCAGCUUGAACCCAUCUGGCCAUUCUCCUCUCACCUCAUUUUCGCUCACAGAAAUGCUGCUCACUGGAUGUUUUAUUUUUUCUUUUCUUUUUUGGACCAUUCUCUGUAAACUCUAGAUACUUGUGCAUGGAAAUCCCAGCAGAGAUGAGCAUUUUCUGAUAUACAACUCAAACUACCCUGUCUGGCACCAACAAUCUCACUACUUUCAUACUUUCAGUUACCAAAUAGCCUACUCUGCAGAAUCAGGCUAUGCAUGUAGCAUGAAUUAGGAUUAUUUUAGGUAUACUUUAACACUUUUACAUGAGUAGGACUCUUACUGGGGUAAUAUUCCAUUAAGGUUUUUCUGAAGUUUAGAAUUUGAGUACUUCCAUUUUGCAUGGCAAUUUCUUCAAGCAUUGCUAUAAUGACAGCUUAUGGGAAAACUUCAUUCAUUGCAUUCAAUUAAUUGUACUGGUGUAAACUUUGGACCCUUUAAAUCCACAUAUAAUGAUAAUUACAAUCCCCUCCAAAGGUAUUGGAACAGCAAGGUCAAUUUCUUUGUUUUUGCUAUAUACUGAAGACAAUUGAGUUUGAGGUCAAAAUUUGUUUUACUGCAGCCUCUUUCAAAAUUUGGUCAAACAACUUGGAACAUAUCACAUUUUUUAUCAGACUACCCAAUUUUUAGGUGAGCAAGUAUUGGAACACUUGACUGACAGGCGUUUCUUGUUCCCCAGAUGUGUCCUGAUAGAUUGAUUGGUUAAACAAUAAAUAGUUCUGAAUGUCUACUCUUGGUUUUAGCCUUUGGUUAUGCCUGUGAAGACUCAAUUUGUGUUAGAAAACCAACAUGAAAAUCAGAGAGCUGUCUUUGGGAGAAAUGCAAGCCAUUUUGAAGCUUAGAAAGAACCGAUCACAUUCUGAACUCUUGUCUUGUGUUCAUCUUUUUAUCUGAACCCCAAAUGUAUUCAGUGUAUUGUGAAAACAAAGGAAUUGGCCUUGCUGUGCCAAUACUUUUGGAGGGGACUAUACAAACUAUAGCCUACAGUCAAAAGGAAGCUAAACUAAAACAAAUAUGAAGAAAAUUAACUUUUAUACAACUAUAAAGUUGGGUUAAUCACACUGGUUAUGAAAGUUAAUAUUUAAUAGUAUUAUAAAUAUUAGGGUAAUUCCUGGCAUUAAAAUCCCCACACAGCAGCACAUUCCCCUAGC